AUGGUUGUCCACCAAGAUCCUCCUCGAUCCCCUUCACCCGACGAUGCCCUUGAAUUCUUCGCCGACUCGCUCGAAUCGCUCUACGACCAUCACAUGCCAGCAAAGGGCGACCCCUUAGCACUCUUCACCUACUCUUCGCCAUCCUCGUCCGCUCACCCUCAGCCUCUCACCGUCCGUCUACCGCCUCAGCAAGUGAACGAGCUGUUCGCUCAUUUCGUAUGGAACGCCAGUUUGCGGAUGGCGGAUGCGCUCGCAGAGGGGAGGAUUCGAGUCGAGGCAGAGCAGGUCUUGGAGCUUGGUGCGGGAGCUGGAAUCCCUGGUCUCGUCGCGGCGAGGAUGGGAGCAAGUCGCGUCGUGCUGAGUGACUACGAUGACCCUCUACUCAUUGCAAACCUGCGGGACAACAUCUCGCUCGCCUUUCCCGACUCUCCCGCUGCACGAGAACGGAUACGAGCAGUCGGACACUCUUGGGGCGAGCAGACGUCGCUCGAGGCGGUACUCGCGGCCAACUCCCCCUCGCCAAGCCCGUUCGCACACAUCCUCCUCGCCGACACGCUCUGGUACUCUUCCGGCCACGCUCUCCUCCUCUCAUCGCUCCAGCACCUCCUCGCCCGGACCGCAAGCGCACGGAUACACGUUUGCGCCGGCUUUCACAGCGGUCGCGCAACAGUCCGGUCGUUCUUGAAGAAGGCUGAGAAGGUUGGGUUCAUCCGACGCGGCGAGUGGGAAGAGGUUGGGGUUGAUGGACGGAGACGAGAGUGGGGCUGGGACGUGCAAGGGGAAGAAGGGGAGUGGGAGGAGAAGGAGGAUGCGAGCGAGCGGAACAAGUGGGUCGUUGAGGGCGAUCUCGGCUGGAGCGACGAGGCAUUGAGAGAGGACGGUGCAGCACGGAUAGAGCAGUGGACGCCAGCCGAUGGAGCUUAG